AUGUCCUACCAGUCACCAGCUACGACCCCUCAACAGGAAGCCCUAAGCCAAGAUGAUAUAAGGGCUCCUCAGCCGGCAUAUAGCACAAAUUAUGGCGAAAUGGACAUAGGACAAGAAGGGUUUGGCACCAGAGCCUUUGUCGCCGAUGACGGCCGUGUCGAUGUCAAUAUUCAGGAGAGGGGACGACGUCUUUCUACCGCUCUGCAAGAGGUCUUCACACCUACAGAGACCAUUUCACCAGGUGCACCAAUUCUCCAGUCAUUGGAGGACACCUACGGGAAAUCCAGCAUACCUCGUCUCAACCUCGUGAUCCAACUAGUCGGUUCUCGCGGAGAUAUACAACCAUUUAUUGCCUUGGGAAAGGUGCUGAAAGAAGAGUACCGUCAUCGCGUUCGGAUAGCCACACAUUUAAUAUUUAAGGGAGCCGUCGAAGAGAACGGUCUCGAGUUUUUCAAUAUCGGCGGUGACCCAACCCAAUUAAUGUCAUUUAUGGUCAAAAAUCCAGGUUUGAUGCCGGGAUAUGAAGCCUUCCGCAACGGAGAUAUUGGAAAAAGGAGAAGAGAGAUUUCCGAGAUUCUACAUGGCUGCUGGCUGUCAUGCUUUGAAGCAGAGGAUGGUUCUGGCAGAAAUACGUCCGAAUCGUUACCUGGAGGAACGCAAGGCUACAAGACCGAGACCGAGCUUAAUCCAUUUAUCGCAGAUGCAAUUAUUGCCAACCCUCCCAGCUUCGCUCAUAUCCACUGCGCAGAGAAGCUAGGUAUACCCCUGCAUCUUAUGUUCACUAUGCCAUGGUCACCCACACAAAAGUUCCCUCAUCCAUUGGUCAACAUACAAUCAUCGAAUGUCGAAAUAGGCGCCGCAAACUUCAUAUCAUACGCAUUGACGGAGAUGCUCACCUGGCAAGGGCUCGGGGAUGUUAUAAACCGCUUUCGGGAGCGAGAUCUAGGCCUACGGCCGAUUAGUCUUAUAUCGGGGCCUGGGAUGAUUUCGCGUCUACGUGUACCAUAUACAUACUGCUGGUCUUCAUCACUACUCCCUAAACCAAGGGAUUGGGGCUCUCAUAUUGAUGUCGCGGGGUUUUACUUUCUUUCGAGCCCAUCGGACUACACCUCGCCGGCACAACUGGCCAAUUUUCUCGAUGCAGGGCCAACACCGAUAUAUAUUGGUUUUGGCUCGAUUGUGAUAGACAAUCCUGACGAGCUAACCAAGUUAGUCCUAGAAGCAGUACGGAAGUCUGGUCAGAGAGCAUUGAUCUCCAAAGGAUGGGGCAGUAUUGGUGAGAGCGAACUAGAGCUUCCCGAACAAGUUCUCAUGGUUGAAAAUUGCCCUCACGACUGGCUCUUUAAACAGGUUUCCUGUGUAGUUCACCACGGAGGGGCAGGGACGACAGCUGCUGGUCUCGGUUGUGGAAAGCCCACCGUUGUUAUCCCUUUUUUUGGAGACCAGCCAUUCUGGGGAUCAAUAGUGGCAGAGGCUGGAGCUGGACCGCCGCCGAUACCUUACAAGCGCCUUACAGCGGAAAGUUUGGCUGCAGCAAUUGUAUCUGCGUUAGAACCAGAGACGGUUCUAAAUGCCGAGAGGCUGGGAAGGCAUAUACAGGGUGAAAGUGGUGUAAAGCUAGGAGCCACUAGCUUUCAUAACCACUUGGACCCUGCAUCUCUCCGGUGCAUGCUUAUUCACAAUCUACCUGCCGUAUGGUGUAUUCGAAACACCAACAUCCGCUUGAGUGCCUUAGCUGUUGCUGCAUUGGAAAAUGAAGGAAUAUUGGGCCUUGAUGACUUAAAACUGUACCGCCCUCGAGAAUAUAGUAUCAAUCUAGGUCCAUAUGAUCCUAUUAGCGGCGGUGCUACGGCAUUAAUUGGCAGCAUUGCAGAUUUUACGAUUGGCAUUGCUGAUUUCCCUGGGGAAUUGAUCCAGGCUACUUUUCCCCCUAGAAGUAAUACCAUGGAGGAUACCCCUGUGCGUUCGAGUAGAGCGGCUUCACCAAUGCCCUCCACUUCUAGUGAUACUGGAGAUAAGCGUUUACGGCGUGCAUCUUCACCUGAAGCUCCGAGCUCUCCGCCACAGAAAGCCGAUGAAAAUAGCCGUCAAGAGGCAGAUGAAAACAAACGGUGCGAUGUUGAUAAAUGGAAAGCUACGAUGGACAAUGUGAUCACCACAGGCUAUGCUGUGACUAAUCUGGUUGAUAUUGGAUUAAGGUCACCCAUGCACUUUGCCUUGGGUAUAGCAAAAGGAUUCCACGACGCACCAAAACUCUAUGGUGAUCAGAGUGUGAGGGAAUGGGAGGAGGUGACCGACUUUCAAAGCGGGCUAAGAGCAGCCGGAAAGGAAUUUGGGUAUGGAUUUUAUGAUGGUAUAUCUGGCCUAGUGACCCAACCUAUCGAAGGGCUGAAAGAUGGAGCAGCAGGCGGAAUAAUGGGAAUUAUUAAGGGGGUUGGUGGGCUGAUUUUAAAGCCGGGAGCGGGUAUGGUUAACUUGGUAAACUCGCCCCUUUACGGCAGUCCCUUGCUAACAGAAAUAAAUACAGGUAUAUUCGGUUUAGCGGGCCACACCCUUAGCGGUAUCCAUCAAGAGAUCCAAAAGCGCUGUGGGACUACUGUGGAUAGUUACAUUAUAGCUUGCCGGAGUAAGCAAGGCUACGACGAGUGGUCUCAGGCAACACAACGGGAGAGGGAUGACAUUAUUCAAAAAUGGCAAUCUCUGGGGGUAGACCUUCAAAUCCGAGAGGAAGAGAUACCCACCCAAAAUGGCAUGGAUGGCCCUACUGAAUUUGCUAUCUGGCGUACUCUAACAGAUCGAAUGCGCUUAUCUAACCAAGGAGAGCCUAAGGGGAUAGAGCAUAGGGGAUAG